AUGGAUCACCCCGGAGGCAGUUUUGCCUCGCCAUGGGCUGCAGUGUUAAAUCAUCAUUCAAUGUCGGGCAUCGAUCAUUCGGGAUUCGCUUCCCAUCCAUCGACACAUUCGCAUCAUUCAGCGCAUCAUGGCAUGGCCAUGAAUUUACACAUGCCACAAAGUUAUUCGUAUUUCAGAUAUCGCGACGAUCCGUUUUGCUGGACUGAUAGAAAACCAUCGCUUGAAGAGGUGAAUCCGCAUGCAGCUUCCGUUAAUGCGAGAAUCCUUGAACAGCGAAAGGAGAAAAGUCGAGAUGCUGCAAGAUCGAGACGCGGCAAAGAAAAUUACGAAUUUUAUGAGUUGGCGAAGAUGUUACCGCUUCCCGCUGCGAUAACGAGUCAACUAGAUAAAGCAUCGAUCAUAAGACUGACAAUUAGUUACCUAAAGUUACGGGAUUUCUCGAGUCAGGGAGAUCCGCCAUGGAAUCGUGAACAAUCAUCAGCGAGCAAGAUUCUGAAAUCUGCUUCUAAUAGACGAACCGCAGCUGGACUUGCCCUUGAUAUGUUUGAGCAACAUCAAGGCACGCACAUUCUUCAGAGCUUAGAUGGAUUUGCGUUGUCGGUAGCGGCUGACGGGCGAUUUUUGUACAUUUCGGAAACAGUAUCGAUAUAUUUGGGAUUGUCGCAGGUCGAAAUGACGGGAAGUUCGAUAUUCGAUUAUGUGCAUCAUCAAGAUCAUGCGGAAAUUGCCGAGCAAUUGGGAUUGAGUUUGAGUGCGACAGCAGGAAUGGCGUCGCCUGCUUCAGGGCAUUCGGAGGAAAGUAGUUCGCAUGGCACGAAUAAUCCGGAUGUUUCAUCCAUCAUGAAUUUAUCGUCGAGCGUGUACAAGGGAUACGAUCGUGCUUUUUGCAUACGCAUGAAAUCGACACUCACGAAACGUGGAUGUCACUUCAAGUCAUCGGGAUAUCGAGUUGUGCUGAUUUUGUGUCGUUUACGUCCGCAAUACACUUUUUCGCAUAACAAGAAGCAAGUUCCUCCGUUAUUGGGCAUGGUUGGUUUAGCGAUUGCCUUGCCGCCUCCAUCUGUGCACGAAAUUCGACUCGAUUGCGAUAUGUUUGUGUCACGGAUUAAUUUUGACUUUAAAAUUGUGCAUUGUGAGCCAAAAGUUCAAGACUUACUUGAUUAUACGCCUGAUGAACUAAUUGGCAGAAAUUUGUAUACUUUGUGUCACGGAGAGGAAGUUAACAAGCUGCGAAAGUCACAUUUAGACCUUAUCAACAAAGGUCAAGUUUUGACGCAUUAUUAUCGCGUAAUGAACAAACACGGAGGCUAUACAUGGAUUCAAACGUGUGCUACUGUCGUUUGUAACUCCAAAAAUGCCGAAGAACAAAACAUAAUUUGUGUCAACUAUGUCGUGAGUGGCAAAGAAAACGUUAAUUUAGUCUUGGAUUGUUGUCAGUACGAACCUGUGAAGCAAGAAGACAAAGAAGCUGUUCUCGCAAAGGAAAAUGGCAUCAAAGAAGUCUCUGCGGAUUCGUCUCCGAGCAGUAAUAACAACAACAAUGCCAAAAUUAGUAAAAAAGAAGACUUACCUCGAACAGGAAGGAUGAAAGCUGCUGAGCUAAAAGCAUCUCUCGUUGCUGCGGUUGAAGAAGAUGCCGUUUUGAACCAAGAUGAGCCUCUUCCCAAACCUCCAAGUACUCGGGGACGCAAACGAAAGAACAAAAACACGGAAAAAGAUGCGAGUGUCGAUCAUGCUUUGACGUCAAUUCCAACGCCUGAACCGCCAUCCAAGAUCUCGCGCGUUAAUUGUGACGAUAGCAACAAACAGGAUGGAAAUACAACGGUAAAGAAUUUGGAAAAUGCGAUGUCGAAACACCUCAAUACGACGACAGACUUUAGUACGGAUGCUCUUUUGAACAAGCAACAAGACACAAAACCCCUUUCGCCCGUGCAUUGGUCCGGGCAUAACUCGCAUUUUUAUCAACCAACGCCUGUACCUGCCACAGCUCUUUUGCAACAAUUGUAUGCGAAUCGCGAAAGUGUGAUACGGGCAACGACGAGACCAUCGCCGAAUGGAAUGUAUCCAGUUGAUGGCGACUAUCAACAUCAUCACGAUGCCCAAUACUCUCAUCAUUCAACUGCUCAUUUAGUUUCGUCUUACGGCGCAUAUCAAUCGCCCACGACAAACCCAACGACAGACUAUCACGUUCAAAGUGCAAUGACUCCUCCGAGCUCCGUGUCUCCGCGCGAUUCGACAAUUUCGCACAAUAACAGUUACAACACUCAUUUGCCCGGCGACGCCUCAAGUAAUGGAAGUCCCGGCGUUAUCGGGGUACGUUGCAAUCGUAGCUUAUAG